UAGAUGUCGAAUUGUUAACCUUACGUAGUACUGAUUUGAAUAAGAAAUAGUGCAUACUUUGUUUAAGGAAAGUAUUAUAGACCAAUAAAAAAUAUUUCCUGAGGAGUAAAACUAAACUGCAAAAAUUGGAAAGACGUUAACGUUUUAUCAAAUAAAUCCACAUCAAGCUUUACGAAAGUAAGGUUAAGCGUCUGAAAGAAUGUCGGCAGAGGAACAGUCAAAUUUGCGUUUAGGACCUGAUCCUAAUGUCACUUAUCCGAUUCAAGUACAAUAUUGUGGAAACUGUUCUCUUCCUAUUGAGUAUUGUGAAUAUUAUCCAGAAUACGAAAAAUGUAAGCAGUGGUUAGAAAGAAAUUUACCAACAGAAUUUGAAAAAGUUAAAUUAGUAGAGGAUAAUACUACAGAAGCAGGUGGAGGUGAAGAUGAAAAGAAACGACAAAAACGUGGUGGUAAAGGUAUACUUAAGACAAAGAAAAAAGGAGAUGUUCCAAAAUUAGUGACUGUAUCUAGAGCACCUAGAGGAAGAAAGAAAUCAGUUACAGUUGUUACUGGUCUCAGCACUUUUGACAUAGAUCUAAAAGUAGCUGCAAAAUUUUUUGGUAGCAAAUUUGCAUGUGGAUCUAGUGUAACAGGGGAUGAUGAAAUAGUUAUACAAGGAGAUGUAAAAGAUGAAUUAUUUGAAAUAAUUCCAGAAAAAUGGCCACAGAUCGAUGAAGAUUCCAUAGAUGACCUCGGGGAUCAAAAAAGAUAAUGGGACAACUAAAAUCUUACUUGCAC